AUAUAAUAUAUAUAUAAUAUAUAUAUAUAUGUAAUGAGUAUUUUAUCAACAGAUAUUAUUUUGUUAGUUGCUAGAAAAAUAAAAUUGAUUUGACAUAUUCAAAACGAUGAUUUGAUGAUAUAUUUUUAGAUAUUUGAAUUAUUAACGGGAUAUUAUUAUACUAUAAUUUUUAUCAUUGAUUUUUAAUGAAAAAUUUUUUUAAUGAUUAUUACAUCUUGUUUGUAAAUAGAUUUUUUAAAAAAUGAUUUAAGCAAUACUGUGUAUUAAAAAUAUGUAGUAUGGUGCAACAUGUAGUAUGGUAUUAGUUGCAGAUUAUUGUAAUAAUUCAAUUUGUAUGUUUUUAAAUAUAAUCGUAAAAUAUUUGAUGUUGAAAGGCGAAAAUAUGAUAAUCGUUAAUUUAUGAUUAUUUAUUUUUAUUAAAAUUUCAUUAUAAUUAGAACAAUGCGAAAUUUUUUGGGUGAUAUUGUAAUUUGCAUAUUGCUACUACUUUCAGUGAGUCUUAUAUUUGGAGCUAGCGAAAUUAUUAAAUCUCUUAUGAAUAAUGGAGAAAAUUUUGUAAAAAUUUCCUCAUAUAAUUGGAUUAUUAAAUUAUGUAUAAAUUUAUUGAGUUAUACUACUGUAUUAUUGCCAGGUUGUCUCAUAUAUAAAUAUGUACGUUAUACCAAAUAUAUUCAAAGGGGAGGCAAAGGAUGUAUACCCAAGUUAGUACAUUCAUGUUUUGUGGGACAUUGUGAAACAGGACUAUUGGAUUCAUCUUAUUCAUCCACACCAUCAAAUCAUAGCCAACGUACUUUCACACAAGAUGCUUUGUUACUCUUGUAUUGUUUCUUAGGUUUACAAAUCAGUUAUUUAACAUGGGGUUACUUACAAGAGAAAAUAAUGACUCAGGAAUAUGAAGAUGUUGCUGGCAACAAAGAUCGCUUUCAAGAUUCACAGUUUUUAGUAUUUGUAAAUCGAAUUCUUGCAUUUCUAAUGUCGGGAUUAUAUUUAAUAAUUCGAAGACAACCACAGCAUAAAGCCCCUCUCUAUAAAUAUGCAUUUUGUUCUCUAUCAAAUAUUAUGAGCAGUUGGUGUCAAUAUGAAGCUUUAAAAUAUGUUAGUUUUCCAACACAGGUAUUGGCAAAAGCUUCAAAAAUAAUUCCUGUAAUGAUUAUGGGAAAAAUAGUUUCACAUACUACAUAUGAAUAUUAUGAAUAUGUUACAGCUAUACUCAUUUCCAUUGGAAUGACAUUAUUUAUGUUAGAUAGUUCAGAUUAUAAAAACGAUGGAGCUACUACUGUAUCCGGUAUUAUUCUCUUAGGAGGUUAUUUAUUACUAGAUAGUUUUACAAGUACCUGGCAAAGUGCAUUAUUUGUGGAGUAUGGUGCAACAAGUGUGCAAAUGAUGUGUAUGGUCAAUAUGUUUUCUUGUUUAUUAACUGCAAUGUCUUUAUUUCAACAAUCAAGUUUUCCACUUAUAUUUUCAUUUAUGACAAAGUAUCCUAGGUUUAUCGUGGAUUGCUCACUUAUAUCAAUUUUUUCUGCAAGUGGUCAAUUGUAUAUCUUUUAUACAAUAUCUAAAUUUGGUCCAGUAACAUUUGUGAUUAUGAUGACUAUACGACAAGGUUUGGCUAUUUUAUUAUCCUGUUUGGUAUAUCAUCAUCACGUAACAAUUAUCGGCAUUAUUGGAGUUUUACUAGUAUUUGGUUCGGUAUUUUUACGAAUAUAUUGUAACAAUCGACUACGUGCGAUCAGAAGACGUAGAGCUGCGGCAAAUAGUAUAAAAGAUUAAUUUUAACAAAAGAUUAAUUUAAAACAAAAAAAUAUAGGUACAAAUUUUAUGAAAUUUUUAAUACUUUUUUUUUUUAAACUCAUAUAUAUUCUGUUAAAUAUUUCUAAUUACAAAAAAAUUAUCAAUUAGUAUUAAAUGUUGAUAAUGAUUUUUUUUAUAUAACAUUAUACAUAUUUUAUAUUGGGAAAAAUGAUCAAUUGUUUUCAAUUGAUUGCAUCCAGUUUUAGAAUUCAUUAUUUAUUAAUGUACUUUUAGGUAGAUUACUUUAAAAAUAUACAUAUAUAAUAUAAAUAUAUAGAUGUUAAAAAUAAUAAGAUUUAAAAGUAUAUUAUUUAUUCAAGAAAUAUUUAUUUUAUUAUAGACGAAAAAUGUCAUUUUUAUAGAAAAAAAAAAAAAAAAGAAUCAAUAAAAAAAAAGAAAAUUGAUUAUACAUCUUUUUCAUAUGGCAUUAAUUUAUAAAAUAUCUAUACAUUUUGUUAUCAUUAGAGAAUAAAGUGAUAUUAAUAUGAAUAUUAAACAUACAUUUUUAUAAAUUAAAACGAUUAAAUUGAUUUUCACUUUUAUUAAUAUACAGAAAUAUACAAUGCGAUGUAAUUGAAUUCUUGAAUAUUAAUAUGAUUGUUCAUUCUUCUGGAGAUGAAGGUUUAUAGAUGGCUAUAAGACACGAAAUAGAAAUAAUUAAUUCAGAUGCUAAAAGUACCAAUUGUAUGCUGCAAAGAAUUACUUCUAAUUUGAGUACAUAAUUUUGCCAGAAUAAAAAAUAUAAUGUUGCUAAGGAGCUGGGUACUGUUAAAAUAACUCCAAUAAGAAUUGGUAAUCCAUGUUCCGUCAAAUUCCCUUUCCUUCCAAAGUAAAUUCUGGAUCCUUCUGUGAUUAUAAGGAGGAAUAAGAGUAUAAACUCUGUAAAUGUAGUACUUGUGCCAGAAGGUAGAUUCGCAGCUUUGAAGAAGCCCAUACCCAAUUCACAUAUAGCAAACAUACCAAAAUAAAAAGAGUUUAAAUACAUAAGAAUUUCAUAUGUUAAAGAUGAGCUAGCUAUUGUAGGCAUUUUAUUAACUUUUUAACAAUGUUUUAACAAUGUAAAAAUCUGUAUGCUUAUUAUUAGGUUUUACCUAAUAUUAUAUUAAUUCAUUAUAUUAUAUUAUAUUAAUUCAUUAAAUCUUUAUAAAUUAA